AGAUGUGAAAUGUGAAUAAUAAUAACAAUAAAUAUAAAAAUAUUAUCUUCUUCAUCGUUGGCGAGGAGGCGCCAACACUAAACAGUCUACUGAAAUUCUCGUUAAUGGAUUCAAUUCUCAUGCAAUUAUCCCAACCACUAUCACUCAAAUCCACACUCCUCAACGCAAUUCGAACACCUCCUUCCAUUUCUUCAAUCUCCCUCCGAGGAAGUCUUCACUUGAUCCAGCGGAGGCACUUCAAGCUGGAGAGCACUAAAAAUGGCGGCACUGAUACCCAACGCGAUCUCCCUUUCGACGAAGCAGCAUUCGAGGCCGAGAGAUCUCGCCUCGACGCCCAAGCUAGAAAAUCUAUGGCCGAAGCUUCAAUGAGGGACACUGAAGGCGCUUCGGACGACGACCCAAAAGCUUGGAAGUGGGUCAUCCGAAAACGCAUUUGGGAUUUCAUGGAGUCGCAAAAUGUCGCUGCAAAUCCUCGUCCCGUUCACCAUCGUAUCCCUAAUUUCAUCGGUGCCAUGGAAGCUGCUAAUAGAGUGAGCUACCCAAUUCCUGCUGAUGAAAUGGAGUUAUAUCAGUUGUGCGAAUUGGAAGUAUUUAGCGAUUCACAGUGCGUGAAGGUUAAUCCGGAUUCUCCUCAAAAGGGUGUGAGGCUUCUUACGCUUACGGGUGGCAAAAAACUGUUAACACCUCAGCCUCGGUUGAGAACAGGGUUUUUCUCCAUAGUCGAAUCUGGGAUGUUGACUCCAGCUACCAUUAAGGAAGCUUGUACUUCUGUUGGGGUAGCAAAGUAUGGAAAGCCAAUUGGACUGGAUGAAAAGAUUAAAGUUGAUCUGAUCGUUAUUGGUUCUGUUGCUGUUGACCCCAAAACGGGUGCUCGGCUUGGCAAAGGAGAGGGUUUUGCAGAAUUAGAAUAUGGAAUGUUGCGAUAUAUGGGAGCCAUUGAUGACUCAACUCUAAUAGUUACUUCUGUGCACGAUUGCCAAUUGGUUGAUGAUAUUCCAGUUCAGAAGCUAUUAGUCCACGAUGUGCCUGUAGACAUCGUAUGCACUCCAACGCAGGUCAUUUUAACCAACACGAAAAUCCCUAAACCCCAAGGCAUUUACUGGGAAAUGCUGUCUCCUGAGAAGCUUAGCCAAAUUCGAAUACUCAGGGAGCUCAAACGUCGGAUCGAGAGGGAGACUGGAAAACUGCUGCCAUGUGGUCCAUCAGAGAAACUUCCACCUACAGCUCAACGAACCUCGAGACCUGGAAAACGUGCAUUCUCUAAGAAGUGAACAAGGGGAAAGUGGAGAAAGAAACAAACCAGUGUUUUUUUUUGCUCUUCAUUAUGAAGUUUCAAUGUUGAAUAAGCACUCUCCUAAAACAGACGAGGAAGAUAUAAAGAGGGCGUGGUUUUCCUCCCUCAGUCUUUUAUUUGUAACACGUUGUACCAUAACUAUUGUCUUGCAAAAUGAAGGAAAGAGAAAAAAAAAAGAGUUCUACAGUA